GACGUCCUGACCCUACAGGCCUGCGGAGCCGUGGUACAGCCCUUUGUGAAGGGCCACCCGAGGCUUUGGCGACCCGAAGCAGACAUGACGAAGGACGAUGGUACCCUUAUUGCCGUGGCGUUGUGUCCAGAUUCUCGCCUCCCUCCGACUUUGCUGAACCGACUCAGAAACGGGGCACAUCUCUUGCCUCAUGCAAAUCGGGGCCUUUGUAUGGGCAAUAUCAGGGCUGGUGCCUACGAUGGGCAAUCAUCUGCUAGUCACUGGCCUGGGCAACAAGCCACGAUAGGCCAAUUAUUGGGCCGGCCAUCAUGCAUGUACCGCCGUGGAAAGUGGUUUCAGACGCAGAAGCAAGGCCGGCCCAAAGCAGCGGGACGAAAUGCGUAUCCACUCGAUGAGGGCGUGGCUAGUCUGGGCGCAGGUUGCUUAGAAAUGAAUAACUCAAGCCAUCAGUGCACGCCUAAAGAGAGAAAAGCGCCCAAUAGCGAAUUGGGAAGAUUUUUAAUCAAAAUCGGUGCAGACCCGGAAAAAGGGGAUUUAUGGAAGAUGGGGUGA